AUGCCGUGCUGUCAUAGAGGUGCCAGUCCGACGUCUCCGUCAUCGAACAAUUCUGCUGUACAUAGCGGUGCUCCGUUGGCAAGCCACGAAAAUCACAACGGUGUCCCGUUCGCGACCAAACGUGAUCACUGUACAACUUUUAUACCUCUCGGAUCGAAACGCUCCACUGCAGAAGGACCGCUGACAAUUUUGGCCGCCGGUAGUGUGCUGCCGUUCAGUACGGCAGCCACCGGAAUCAUGUUACGGCUACCUCGUUAUAUGCCGUUGAACGAUCUGCAUAUGGAAUCAAGCAAAUCUUUCAUAUUACAGAUUGAGAAACAUGAACGUUCAGUAGUCAUGCUAACGCUGUGCGCAUUUGUUCAAAUUCGUGGAAGAGACGGACUCCAGUCAAUGUUUCCGUUUAUUGCGGCUGGAGCUGGGAUGGUUGGUACGGGGCUGUUGUUGGAUCAUGCUGCUUCUUGGGAAUUAUUCACGAGUACUCCAGAAACGUUCAUCUUAGUACCGGCCUUACUUGGUCUUAAGGGCAAUCUUGAGAUGACGUUGGCAUCACGACUUAGCACUAUGUCAAAUAUGGGUUUAAUGGGUUCAGCCACUGAGCAGCUCAAAGUGGCCUGUGUAAAUUUGGCCUUAACUCAAGCUCAAGCUAUUGUGGUUUCAUUCAUCGCCGCACUUUUCACUAUCAUCGUUUCAAUCGCACAAAACGGGCAAACAGAUUAUGGGAUCGCAUCGAUGUUAAUAGCGUCAAGCAUGGUGACGGCUACGUUGGCAUCAUUCAUAAUCGGUCUAGUAAUGAUCAUCGUUGUGACCAUAUCGAUGAAACUGAGCAUAAAUCCGGAUAAUAUCGCCACUCCAAUUGCUGCUUGUCUUGGAGAUUUGACCACACUCGCGUUACUUAUUCUCAUUGGAACCUUAUUUCAUUCGAUGAGAAAUACGCCGAACGAAUGGAUUCUAACUACGGUUUAUGUGUCGCUGUUGAUAGUGGCGCCAUUCUGGGCAUAUCUCUCGGCGAAAGAUGCAUCCACAUUGGUCGUGCUCAAGUACGGCUGGUGGCCAGUGAUUUGUGCGAUGAUCAUUAGUAGGUCAGCUUUGGAAAUUGCGAUUGCUUCUCUUAUACCUCGUGCAUUAAUUGUUGCCUAA